GCCGGUAAAAAAUUACAGCGCUGCUAUAUGCAGCGAAGGCUUCCUUCGUGAAAUUCCACGAUCUGACGUGGAGCCAUCAAUUUCAAUAUAUUAAAAAAAAAUUGUCUCGUCGUGGGUGCUGAUUUGCCGCGUUAGAGCGCUAAUUGUUCCUUUUUUUCUUCUGAUCAAAGAGUGUUAAUUGUUCUUCUUUAACCUAAAAUUAUUAUAGGGGUAUGGGGUUCAAGACAAAGAAAGAUCAAGGCAGCAUAUCAAUUUUUCCUUUAUACUUUACUUGGAUCUGUUUUUAUGCUAUUAGCUAUUCUGUUGAUUCUUUUCCAAACAGGGAUCGCCGAUUUACACCCAUUUUCAUCCUUUUUCAUAAUUGUAGAGUUGUGAUAACAGAGCAAAUCACUCCAUCUUGAAGCUGUGACAGUAAUAAAGAAGGAAAUUACUUGACUCAAAGAGCGGUAACAACAAGUCAACAGCAAAAUAUACAAGUAAGUUCACUUUCCUAAAUUGGGUCACUGCUUAGCAAACAACCUUUUAUGCAAUUAGUUAAUGUUAUUUGAAUACCUUGCAUGUUGCAAUUUGAAUGAAAUCAAUGUGAUUUUGAACUUUGAUAUUGAAACAUAUAUUAAUAAUUAGCCCAGUUUUUUUUUUGAAGCAAUUAGCCCAUAUUUUCUUUUUUUUUUAGUGUGUUUUUAAAAAGGAGGUUAGAACUCAAUGAUCGGCUGGAAUAAGAGUAAGCAGAAAUUAUCGAUCUUUGGUUGUUGAAGCAAAUGGAUAUGAAAAUUUGACAAAAUUAAAGACAUAAUGUUCAAGGUAUCCUUCAAUGAAAAAGACUUUGAGAUACAAUGUAUGUGUUGUUUAUUUCAAUUCAAAGGUAUUUUAUGUAGACACAUCCUUUGUGUGCUUAAACUAACAGGAAAAACAGAGUCAAUACCGUCUAAUUAUAUAUUCUCGCAGUGGAGGAAGGAUAUAAGGCGAAGACAUACCUAUAUUAAAUGUGGUUUUGAUCAUUUUGUUGGAAAUGUUGAAUUGCAAAGAGUUGAUAAAGCUUGUUCUGCCUUUUAUGAAGUGGCUUCUAGGGUGAUAAAUACUGAGCAUGAUUUUUUCAAAAUGAUGAAUUUCAUCAAGGACAUAAAAGAUGAGUUUACCUCUAAAGAAACAUCCUCGAGCAUUGCAGAAGAUGGUUCAGAUCAAAAUCAAGUGACUAAAAUUCUUGACCCUGUAAAGACUCGAUGUAAAGGCCGUCCUCCUUCGAAUAGGAAGUCUUCUAAAGCUGAUCAAAUUGUGAAGAAACUUGCAAAAAAGAAGACAAAAAAAAAAAACAGCCAAAAAAGUGCAAAUAUUCAUGCUCAAAAAGAGAAGGACAUGUGUGCAUCUAGAGUACAAGAGAGUGUUCAAGUAAUUGAUAGAGUUGGCACACAAAAGAGCAUUCAAGGUGAACAAAGUAGUUUUGGAAGGAAUGAACAAGGCGGUGUAAAUAAAUUAGCUUCCUUCAAUCCAAACUCAAUACUUAUAAAGGAAGUAAAUCAGGUUCCAUUUUAUUCUCAAGUCAUGAAUCAUGGUGGUUCUUAUUUUGAAUUGUUGCAGGCUCAACACCAUGUGAAUGAUCCGUCAUUGUCAAAUAAUCAUACACACAUGAAGUGAAUGAUUGGUCAUUUUGAAGAAACUCUGGCAUUCAAGAAUUGGAACCGUUCAGUUGCGGGUUUAAGCUUGACAUGGGGUCUGCAAAUUUUUUCUACAUAAUUGUAGAACUUCUGGCGUAAUCCUAGGUCCAAUGUAGCUCUAGUCCAAAUCGUGCCUUCUGGCGUGAUCAAUCUGUUGUUUCUGCUUGUUGUCUGCUGUUUAGCGUCAAUUCGGCGUCUCAGUUGGUGUCCUUAUGGCUUCAUAUGCUUUGUUUUAAUCCUAUCUUAAGCGUGAUACUAUUUUUCCCUAUCCUCACUGUUUUAACAUGUUCUGGUGUAUUCUUUAAGUGAUUGAGAGUUUCAAUUCUCUUGUUUUGACAGUGGGGAUAUUCUAUCUAAUUUUGUAUCUUUGUAUUUUGUUGGCAUAUCUUAUGCCUAUUUAUUAUACUGUAAUUCUCUUAGCCUUUCAUGCAAGAAAAACGGUGGAACUUGGCUAUGGUGUUAUUUGGUUAUGUAUGUGAGCUCAAGUGUUGAUAAUACAUACAUGAGUUUGACUUUAGUUAGUCAUGAUGA